UCUUUAUAUAUGACCGUGGCAUAAAGACACUCGAAGAGCAGAUCAACAAAUUAAGAGAGAAAAUGGCAAAUGAAGUGGAAGGAAAACGAGUGAUAAAGGUGGUCGCUCUUUGUGGUUCCCUUCAAAAAGCUUCUUAUAAUCGGGGCAUCAUCCGAGCAGCAAUGAAGAUGUGCUCAGAGUCUAUGGUAGAAGGAAUUGAGAUGGAAGAUGUUAACAUCUCAGAUUUGCCGAUGAUGAAUGUGGACCUUGAGGUGGAUGACACAUUCCCUGUGCUAGUUGAAGCGUUUAGACAGAAGAUUCGAGAAACCGAUGCUGUGUUUUUUGCUACUCCAGAUUAUAAUUACUCUGUCACACCAACAAUAAAAAAUGCAUUAGAUUGGGCAUCAAGACCACCUAACGCUUGGGCAGACAAGCCAGCAGCAAUAGUGAGCGUACAAGCAAGUAGCAAAAGUGGGCAAUACCAUCUUCGCCAAAUCGGUGUUUUCCUCGACAUUCAUUUCAUCAACAAGCCUGAAUUCUUUGUUAGUGCAGCUGAACCUCCUCAAAAGUUUGAUGAAAACGGUGACUUGAUUGACGAACAGCUCAGGCAAAGGUUACAGAAGGUGCUCCUUGCAUUGCAAGCAUUUACCCUUCGCCUCGCCUCGCCGUAGACAAAUGACAAGUUGGAUGACAAGUCAUUUUGUCUUGCUUCCAUGGUUGUUUGAUUGUUAUCAAUAUUGAUCACGUUCAUUAUCGAUUUGAACCAAUGUCAAUUGUCUUUAUAAUCGAGUCAUGUAAUUUUAGCAAAUAUCUAAAUCGUCGCGCUUUGCUUUUGUUUGCUCGUCACAUGUAUGGUUGUGCCCAUGUCCAAAACCGCAUAAAAUUGGGAUCAAAUUUUAAAUUUUCAUGUACCGAAGACCGGACUAGAUAUAAAUAUGAUCCAAACCUUAGUGUUUUUUUUUA